CCUGGAGGCUUCUGUCCUCCAACACAGAAGAAGAACGUUUUCGGUAUCCAUGACAACCACAGAGAAGCCGUAACCAACUGUCACCGCUUGCUAACUGUCGACUGGAAAUCAGCUGUUUUUAAAUAAAACUAAUCAUCGCCACCAUGUCCUCGACCAUGGAUAACAACUCCAAGCCGAAGUCCAUGAGCAGAGCCAAAGGGUGGACGGCAGACGUGGAAAACCUGUUCAGGUUCCAGCAGGCGGGCUACAGAGAUGAACUGGAGUACAUACAAGUCAGACAAGGGGCCAUGAUUGACAGAUGGCCAGAGACCGGCUUUGUGAAGAAGCUCCAACGUCGAGACGACACAUUUUAUUACUACAACAAGAAAAGGGAGUGCCUGGACCGUGAUGUCAACAAAGUCAAAGUCUAUGCGUAUUGAGGUUUAUCAUUAUGAUACAACAGUAGCUCGUCAACACACACACACGGGCACGGACACACUCUCUUUAAAGAAGAAUAUGACCUCUUUGUUUUGUAGUAAAGGAAUUUUUAAACUGCA